ACACACACACACGCGGGAAGAGGUGUGUAAGAGUCUGUCUGAAUGAGGGGACUUUGCUCGGAGGGUCUUCACACCACUCUCACUUCAUUAUCCCACCUGCUGACUCGCCUUCUCUUCACCUGAGGAGUGUGUUUGAAUGCACGAACAGUCCGGGUUCUGAAUGGAGCAGCCCCUGUCUCCUCGAGAGUCUGGCCAGUUUGUGGCAGAGCGGAGCAGAGAUGUGUUCGUGGAUGAAGAUGGGGUUAAGAAAGUAGCAGAGAUGCUGUAUGGGCUAAAAGACGAGGAGGUGUUUACGGCCAGUGGCUGGAAGAAGAUGAACCAGCUGGCUCCUCCUCCGGACACAGAUGCCGCUAUUAACUGGGUGUUUGUAACUGACACUAUGAACUUCUCAUUCUGGCCAGACAGAGAGGAGGAGCAGUGUGAAGUUAUCUACAAAGGAAACACCUACCGUGGAUACAUGUCUUUGUGUGCAGCCAUCACCAGGGCUCUAGAUGAGGGCGUGCCUAUCACAGACCCUGCCUACUUCUCUCAGAUCAGUGAGGAAGAGCUGGGGCGUGUCCUUCGCUCUGAUAGUGCCACGCCCAUGCCCAUGUUGAAGGAGCGUCACCAGGCCCUCACUGAGGCAGGACGAGUGCUCAUGCAGCACGGCGGAUCUUUCCGGAACUUUAUUAGCCACGGAAAAAAUGACGCAGAGAAGAUGAUGCAGUACAUUGUGGAUAAUAUACCAUCAUACAGGGACGAAGCCACCUAUGAGGGAAAGAAGAUUUCCUUCUAUAAGCGAGCUCAGAUCCUGGUGGCUGAUUUCUGGGGGAUCAUGGAGGCCAGACAGGAGGGGAACAUACCCAACCUGGACUUCCUUACCAUGUUUGCCGACUAUAGAGUACCACAGGCCCUCGUCUACCUGGGGGCACUGCGCUACUCAGAUGCACUCAUGGAGGCACUAAAAAAGGGUGAGCUCCUGAGCUCCGGCGAGAGGAGAGAAGUAGAAAUCCGGGGCUGCUCCAUCUGGUGUGUGGAGAGAAUCAAAAGUUGCCUGUGGGACCUGGUUCAGGAGAAAGAAGGGAAGACCUGCAACAUAAACUCAGCUCUAAUCGACUUUUACCUGUGGCCUUACGCCAAACAGCAUCAUAAAGAAAUGGCCCACAUCCCUAUUCACCACACACGCUGUAUCUACUACUGACAUGGAGAACUGAAUGCUCUUCUCUAUUUAUAGGGAAUUAUUGAUUUAGUCUGCCCAUCAUUCCACUUGUGUGUUCACAUUUGUUUUAAAUAAAAAAUGUAAAACAACACAAUAA